GAUUGGACAGCUAUAUAACAGGCCCCAAUGCCUGGGAUUGGCAUCAGUCACCUUUGGUAACUACCAGCAGCCCAACCAGCUCCCAUCCGCCUCCAGCUCAAUCUUCAAACACCAACAAUCAAGAUGAAAUCCUUCGUGUGCAUCGCUCUGGUCGCCUUCGCCGCCGCCGCUCUGGCUUCGCCCACCAAUGUGGCUUCGGCCACCGGCUCCACUGGCACCACGGUGACCACCCAGGACGGUGAGCUGGAGGGAGUGACCGGACAGGGAUUCGGUGACCUGACCCGUCUCCGCAAGUCCGCCUACGGUGCCAGCUCCGGCGGCUAUGGCGGCUCCAGCAUCCCAGCUCCUCCCUGCCCCAAGAACUACCUGUUCAGCUGCCAGCCCAACCUCGCCCCGGUGCCCUGCAGCGCUCCCGCCCCCAGCUACGGAUCCGCCGGCGCCUACUCCUCCCCGGUGGCCACCUACGUCGCCCCCAGCUACGGCGUGCCCCAGCACCAGCAGCAGCUCUUCGGCGCCGCCUACGUGCCACAGACCUACGGCUACCAGUACUGAGCACCAGCUCCUUACGACUGCGAUGACGCCCAAGGACCACGAACCGAUCGCCGAGAAACAUAAGCUUUGAUGGACUUAACAAAAAAUAUACCCAAAAAUAUGAACUGCAAUGAAAUCACUAA